CUGACAGCCAGACCAAAGCUAAGAGGAUCCAGCAGGAGAGACCAGACCCCCCUGAACCUGAACGUGGACCUGGACUUGAACCUGGACCUGAACCAGAAGGUGGAACUGAGCCCAGCUGUGUGUCCAUGAGGAGUGAUCAGUCUAUUGAUAAAUUUAUUGACUUAAAAGAUGGCCACCCCUCUGUGGAUGAUGGAGUCCAGCAGCAGAGCUCAGAGGUUCCCAGUGGUCAGUCUGCCCAGCAGCAUCAAACAGACCUGGCCUCCAUAUUUAUGCUGCUGGAGGAGAAUAUCAACACCUUUGUGAAGAAGGAGCUGAAAAACCUGCAGAGGUCUCUGAGUCCAGAUUACCCAGAAUGCUUAGAGAGGCAGAGAGAGGAUGAGGAGGUGCUGGACAGUGAGGAGGAAGAGCAGAGGAGGAGCAGCAGAAAGGCUUUUCUGCAGGUCACACUGCACCUCCUGAGGAGGAUGAAGCAGGAGGAGCUGGCUGAGCGUCUGUGGAGCAAUGCUGUUGCUGCAGCGUGCCAACGUGAACUCAAAUCUAACCUGAAGAAAAAGUUUGAGUGUGUGUUUGAGGGGAUUGCUAAAGCAGGAAACCCAACACCUCUGAAUCAGAUCUACACGGAGCUGUACAUCACAGAGGGAGGGAGUGGAGAGCUCAAUGAGGAACAUGAGGUCAGAUGGAUUGAAGCAGCAUCCAGGAAACCAGACACACCAGAAACAUCAGUCAGAUGUGAAGACAUCUUUAAACCUUUACCUGGAAGAUAUCGACCAAUCAGAAGAGUGAUGACAAAGGGAGUGGCUGGCAUUGGGAAAACAGUCUUAACACAGAAGUUCACUCUGGACUGGACUGAACACAAAGCCAACCAGCAUGUCCACUUCACAUUUCCAUUCACUUUCAGAGAGCUGAAUCUGCUGAAAGGGAAAAAGUUCAGCUUGGUGGAACUUCUCCAUCACCUCUUUACUGAGACCAAAGAAGCAGGAAUCAGCAGGUUUGAGCAGUUUCAGGUUGUGUUGAUCUUUGAUGGUCUGGAUGAGUGUCGACUUCCUCUGGACUUCAACAACAACCAGAUCCUGACUGAUGUUACAGAGUCCACUUCAGUGGAUGUUCUGCUGACAAACCUAAUCAAGGGGAACCUGCUUCCCUCCGCUCGCCUCUGGAUAACCACACGACCCGCAGCGGCCAAUCAGAUCCCUCCUGAGUGUGUUGACAUGGUGACAGAGGUGAGAGGCUUCACUGACCCACAGAAGGAGGAGUACUUCAGGAAGAGAUUCAGAGAUGAGGAGCAGGCCAGGAGAAUCAUCUCCCACAUCAAGAUGUCCCGAAGCCUCCACAUCAUGUGCCACAUCCCAGUCUUCUGCUGGAUCACUGCUACAGUUCUGGAGGAUGUGUUGAAAACCAGUAAGGGAGGAGACCUGCCAAAGACCCUGACUGAGAUGUACAUCCACUUCCUGGUGGUUCAGUCCAAAGUGCAGAACGUCAAGUAUCAUGGGAGAGCUGAGACAGAUCCACACUGGACGCCAGAGACCCGGAAAAUGAUCCUGUCUCUGGGAAAACUGGCUUUUGAGCAGCUGGAGAAAGGCAACCUGAUCUUCUAUGAAGCAGACCUGGCAGAGUGUGGCAUUGAUAUCAGAGCAGCCUCAGUGUACUCAGGAGUGUUCACACAGAUCUUUAAAGAGGAGCGUGGGCUGUACCAGGACAAGGUUUUCUGCUUCGUCCAUCUGAGCCUUCAGGAGUUUCUGGCUGCUGUUCAUUUCUUUCUGACAUUCAACAACUCUGGAGUCAAUCUACUGUCAGCAGAACAAUCAACCUCUCAACUAACACACCUUCUCCAGAGCGCUGUGGACAAGGCCUUACAGAGUCCAAAUGGACACCUGGACUUGUUACUGCGCUUCCUCCUGGGUCUUUCGCUGCAGACAAAUCAGACUCCCCUACAAGGCCUGAUGACACAGACAGGAAGCAGCUCACAGACCAAUCAGGAAACAGUCGAGUUCAUCAAGAAGAAGAUCAAGGAAAAUGAGUCUCCAGAGAGAAGCAUCAACCUGUUCCACUGUCUGAAUGAGCUGAAUGACCAUUCUCUAGUGGAGGAGAUCCAACAUAACCUGAGAUCAGGACGCCUUUCCACAGACAAACUCUCCCCUGAUCAGUGGUCAGCUCUGGUCUUCAUCUUACUGUCAUCAGAAGAAGAUCUUGAGGUUUUUGACCUGAAGAAAUACUCUACUUCAGAGGAGGCUCUUCUGAGGUUGCUGCCAGUGGUCAAAGCUUCCAAGAAAUCUGUGCUGAGUGGCUGUAAUCUGUCAGAGAGAAGCUGUGCAGCUCUGGCCUCAGUUCUCAGCUCCCAGUCCUCUAGUCUGAGAGAGCUGGACCUGAGUAACAAUGAUCUGCAGGAUUCAGGGGUGAAGCUGCUCUCUGCUGGACUGGAGAGUCCACACUGCAGACUGGAGGUUCUCAGGCUGUCAGGCUGUCUGCUCACACAGGAAGGCUGUGCUUCUCUGGCCUCAGCACUGAGCUCCAACCCCUCCCAUCUGAGAGAGCUGGACCUGAGCUACAAUCAUCCAGGAGACUCAGGAGUGAAGCUGCUAUCACCUUACAAAAGCAAAAACACAUUAAAAAAAGACGUGGACCAUGGUGGAGAGCAGUGGUUGAAACCAGGUCUGAAAAAGUAUUCCUGUGAACUCAAACUGGACACAAACACAGCAAACAGAGGCCUCGUCCUGUCUGAGGACAUCAGGAAGGUGACAGAGGUGAGAGAGGAGCAGCCAUAUCCUGAUCACCCAGAGAGGUUUGACCACUGGAAACAGAUCCUGUGUAGUGAUGGUCUGACUGGUCGCUGCUACUGGGAGGUCGAGAGGGAAGGAUGGGUUUAUAUAGGAGUGACUUACAGAGGAAUCAGCAGGAGAGGAGACAGUGAAGGCUGUGGGCUUGGAGGAAACGAAAACUCCUGGAGUCUGAUCUGCCAUGGCUCUGGUGGUAUCUCUGCCUGGCACAACAACAGAGAGACAUACAUCCCUGCCCGCCCCUCCUCUAAGAGAGUGGCAGUGUAUCUGGACUGGCCUGCUGGCUCUCUGUCCUUCUACAGCGUCUCCUCUGACACACUGAUCCACCUCCACACCUUCAACAGCACCUUCACUCAGCCUCUGUACCCGGGGCUUGGGUUUGCGUCAUAUGACUCCUCAGUGUCUCUGUAUCUGACACAGGAACACUGA